CUAUAUUUACCGCGCAGAGAGGAAUUUGUACAGUGGUGAGUGGCAACUAUGACGGUUCGGUCACGUUAUGUCGAUAAACGCGCUAUUGAGUGAAAUUUGUACAAUCUUUGUAACGUAUUUGUUGGUCAAAAAUGCCUAAUCGGUCGGGGACUUUUUUCGACUACUAUAAACUACCGGGACCUUGGUACAAUGUCAAAUAUACAAUUUAUUACUGGGUUUUCACCGUGAUUAAGACGAUUUUGCAUUUAUUCAACAUCCAUACUAAACAUGGUAAACCGGAGGACAACGACGGGCCACACAAACUCAAUGAAAUUAUUGGUUAUGAUGCUACUUGGAUUGGAGGUACCACGCCUGAUGGUAAAUGGAUCAUAUUCGCGCUCGAUAGGCGAAAUGAUAAUAAAAUGUCCAUAGGAUAUGUGUGUUUAAAGAUUCCAGGGAUCGGGCACCUAUCAACUCCGAUGUAUCCCAAUUCCAUGGAUAACGCGUUGGGAAACAUGAACAGUUUUGCUUUAGACAAAUUCACUUUGUCGGUGAUCGAACCUCUUCGAAAAUGGAAAUUAAAUUUCGAAGGUAAAAUGAUGUUUGUAAACGGACCAGAAGUUUCGGCCCACGUAAAGAUUACGGCCGAAUGGACGAGCCAUCAUGACGUGUGGUUACUAAAUCGAGAUUUGAGCAGCGAGUCGUUUGCAGACUCAUUCGCGCUGGAAAAUUGGAGCAAGUUCUCCUCGGCCUUUUUCGAUCGUUCCAAAGACAACGUGGUGCACUGGGAGCAGUUCGGUCGAGUGGAUGCAAACGUCGAAAUAGACAGGAUCGGGAUCGAAAUUCGCAACGCGGCGACCGUCAGGGACAGGAGCUUCGGUAAAAUUCGAGAUUUUACAGCAAUACACAGAUAUUAUUACAUAACUAUGUUCAUGGAAAACGGCCGGUCAUUGGUGAUAACAGUGGUUUGUCAUAAAAAGACGUUUUCGCGGUUGUUUUUUGGAUUUAUCAGCAACGAUGACGGUACCAACUCCAACAUCGAUUGGACUGAUUUGAAUAUAUAUCAAUUCGGUGAAAACGGCAGAGUGAUCGAAGAACUGUGUUUUUUAAUAAGAAUAGGUAAAUUCGUGCACACGGUACAAAUCGUGUGUGACAACCAACACUGGUAUCGACUGGAAAAGGGAGUAGUGAGAUGUGAACAAAUAGGUGACUGCUUGGUCGACCACGUGCCCGGCAAGUGUAUGAUCCAGUCGCUGUACAGCGAAACUUCGCUGAGGGCGAAAACGUUUUGCAAAUCGUUGAAUUAUUUAGAUAAAAAUUAUUAAAAUUAAAGUCGUUUUCAAAACGGUAUUAUGUCAUAACAAUAA